UUUAUAACUCUUGUUUCAGUUUUAAAUCAUUGUGCUCACAUCUUAGGGUGGUGACAAUGAAUGUAAUGUUAACGAGGUUACUGGCUCGUCCAGUUUCUCGUAUGGUGCGAGUGAAGAAGCUUGCAGCACGAUCUUUUGUAACAACUCCAAGAAAACUUGCCAUCUUACGCCAGGAUGGAGAAGAAUUUGAGACUGAUUAUCUUCACCCGGAAAUUGGUCCCCCAUUUGGGAACGAACACUGGUCAUACAGAUGUCUACCAGCCCAGGACCCAAUAAUGAUGUUUGCGCUUGAUGUCAUAGCGACAUUUGUAUGGACUGUUCUCUGGUAUAGUUUCUAUUACCACUAUGACAUGUUAUACCCUCAUCAUAAGGUUCCUGUUGCAGAAGAAUGGACAGAUGAGGAAUUGGGAAUAGCUGAAUUAGAUUAACUAAGCUAGUGGAUGUGCUAUAGAAGUUCACAAGAUUUAUUUGUAGGUUACUCAAAACUAUCUGCUAGUAUUAAGUUAUAAACAGAUGAUGCUUGUGGUAUUUAUUUUUUAAAACACUAAUUAGUCGUUUGAAUCUAUUGAAUUUUUGUAUUGAAUCUUCUCCAGUUCCAAUCGAAUGCUUAGCCAAUUACGGUAUACAUAUUCCUUUUUAAUAGAGUGUAUAAUUAGAUGCAAAUGGACAUUUUCAAUAGCUCAUUUCAUUUGUUCUGUUUUUUCGUCUUUAUUUUCUAAUUCUAUCCCCUUCCUGAAAUGUAAACGAUUCUAUGAACUAGGAUUAAUGUUCAGGCUGGGUAGGAGUGUAUCCAGUUUUCAUAGCUUUUAGUGAUUACGGUGAUCUGGUUUGUUGAAAAUCAAUAUGAAUAUCAAAAUACAUGUUAAUGUUAUCAGAACUGUUAUUUAAUAUUACUUUUUUGUGUCUAAUGUGUUCUUUCUCCUAG